AUGAAAAUUGACAGUUGUUCCAAAAAAAUGGCGGCGAUUGGAAUGUGUGAAACUCCCGGCUGCAAAUCUGUUGCUCAAUUGCAAUGCCCAACGUGUAUAAAACUCGGAAUACAAGGCUCAUUUUUUUGUAAUCAAGACUGCUUCAAGAAGUCUUGGAAGAAUCACAAAAUAAUUCACUCGUUGGCGAAGGGUGAGAGUACAGAUGCAUCUAGUGUGGAGUAUAACCCCUGGCCGUCAUUUAAUUUCACUGGGAAGUUGAGACCGUUCCCGCCGGGGCCGAAGCGUACAGUGCCACCGCAUAUAGGCCGCCCGGACUACGCAGACCAUCCGACUGGCUUCCCUGCGUCUGAGAAUGCCGCUAAGGGUUCGGGACAGAUUAAAGUGCUUGACGAUGAGGAAAUCGAAGGCAUGCGUGUAGCUUGCCGCCUUGGCAGAGAGGUGCUAGAUGAGGCAGCCAGAGUAUGUGAUGUGGGAGUGACUACAGAUGAGAUAGAUCGCAUUGUACAUGAGGCCUGCAUAGAGCGUGAGUGCUACCCCAGCCCACUCAAUUAUCACAACUUCCCUAAUAGCUGCUGCACUUCUGUCAACGAGGUCAUUUGCCACGGUAUACCUGAUCUACGCCCCUUGGAGGACGGUGAUAUCUGCAAUGUGGAUGUGACAGUCUAUCACCGAGAAUUCCAUGGUGAUCUCAACGAGACUUUCUUUGUUGGAAACGUGCCUGAGUCUAGCCGGAAACUAGUUCAAGUUACGUAUGAAUGCUUGGCUAAAGCUAUAGAGAUAGUGAAACCUGGUGAGAAGUACAGGGAGAUUGGCAAUGUGAUUCAGAAGCAUGCUCAGGCCAACGGGCUCAGCGUAGUACGCUCAUAUUGCGGACAUGGCAUACACAGGCUGUUCCAUACUACACCCAAUGUGCCACAUUAUGCCAAAAACAAAGCUAUUGGUGUGAUGAAGCCAGGGCACUGCUUCACCAUUGAGCCGAUGAUCAAUGAAGGAGGGUGGCGCGACGAGCAGUGGCCAGAUCACUGGACCGCUGUUACUGCUGAUGGCUCUCGUUCAGCUCAAUUUGAACAAACACUCCUGGUGACAGAGACUGGUUGCGACAUCCUGACACAGCGCUCGACUGGCCGACCAUGGUUCAUGGACCAACUAGAGAAACUUAAUGCCAAGUCCUAG